AUGCUGCCAAGCUCGAUGCACGAGAAGUAUGUGAAUGUUUCUCUUGGUGGGCGAAAUGUGCGACUGAACAUUAUGCAACCACUUAGCGUUAAAAUUACGAAUGACGACAAAUUACCAGUAUCGAAACGAAGUGAAGUAAUUAAUGCAAAUUAUAAAGCUUUGAAUUCUUUAUCAUUAGUUCUUCCUAAAGUGAAUCUACGCGUUAUCGACAGAUUGGAAUUAAAUACUUUUGAACUUCCCAAGACAUAUAUUAAAUAUCGCGUAAAAACAAAUCAAGAAAUGGAUAAUGUUCUCGAAUAUGAUGCCGAUGAAGAAGAUAUAGCAUGGCUAAGGGAAUUAAAUAACAAGCAAAAAAAUGGCAAUGAAUUGGCAAUCGAAACUUUCGAACUUGCUAUGGACCGUCUAGAGAAGGAAUGCUUUUUUCAGUGCGCGCAAGAGGGAAUCCCUUUCAAACCAUCUGUGGAUCAGGAUGCUCUUUGCUGCAUUUGUUCUAAUGGUGAAGUGGAUAAUCUUAAUCAGAUCAUUUUCUGUGAUUUAUGUAAUAUUGCUGUCCAUCAGGAAUGCUAUGGUGUGCCAUAUGUUCCUGAGGGGCAGUGGCUUUGUAGACGUUGCCAGUUGUCACCAUCAAAAGCCGUAGAUUGUGUUUUAUGUCCUAGUCACCUAGGUGCUUUUAAACAAACUAUAGAUAAUCGUUGGGCUCACGUUAUAUGUGCCCUUUUUUUAAAUGAGGUGCAUUUUGCCAAUGUUACAUUUAUGGAACCGAUUGAUGGGAUUGAAAAUUCGAUUCGGCGAAGAUGCAAGUUACGAUGCAUUGUUUGUAAACAAAGAGCUGGUGCUUGCCUUCAGUGUUCCAAGAAAUCAUGUACGCGGUCAUUCCAUGUCACAUGUGGGCGCGCAGCUGGAAUGGAGAUGCGCACAGAAGAGGUAGAAAAUCCAAAACGUGGUAUGAUUGAAACUAAAUAUCUCGCUUUUUGUCAUUUCCAUUCAUCAGAUUUUAACAAGUUUGUGUUUUUUACGUUUCUCUUGAUACAUUUUUUAUUUAUUUUCUUUUAA